CGCGGGGCGGCGGCGCCCGGCCGGGGCGCGGGCGGGCGCAGGGCGCCGGCCGCGCCACGGGCGCAGCCUCCCCGGGAGGCCCCGCGCCCCGGUGGUGGCGCGACAUCGCAGAGGUGUGCCCGCUGUCGGGCUUCCCCGUGAGCAUGCUGCCAUACCCCCCGUACAAGCUCCAUGCCCGAGCGGAGCGUUCGAAGGACGGCGUGCGACUGGUGGACGGCCCGUACCUGGUGCUGCAGGUGCUCGCCACGUGGGACUUCGCCGUCAUCGGCCAGGCGCUCACGGCCUCGGACAUCACCUCCCUGGACCUGUACAUGAAGCAGUGCAAGCUCGGGCCCUUUCGGCUGGGCACGGCCCUGGAGCUGCAGCGGGACGGGGCGCCCGCCGCGCUCCGGGAGCUGCAGGCCCUCCGGGCGAGGGCGCGCCGGCGCCUCGAGAGCGUGCAGCACAUCCAGCGGGUGCGCCUCGGCAAGUGGGCCGGCAGCCCGAGGGGCGCCGCCGCGUCAGGCGGCGGCCGGGCCGCCGCCGCCGCCCCGAGGGCCGCCGCAGGCAGCCCCGAGGAGGGCGAGCCGCCGGCCCGAGAGGCGCGUGGCACCAGGCGCAACAGGCAGGCGUGAGGCUUCGGCGCCGUCCUGCCGCUGGCCGCUGGGGUCCGCCGCGACGCCGCG